AAUGACUCGAAAAUACAGCAUCUCCGCCAUCUCCAUAUCGACAAACAUUUCAAUAGCAGUAUCGAAGCGGCACGCAAAACUUUCUCGGCGAUUCCUGAACAGAUCUCUUCGGAAGCAGAGAGAUACAUAACAGAUAUGAAAGCCGUUUUAAGCAGGAAGCGCACCGAAGUGUAUAAAUCAACUCAUGCCUUGGACGUCCUGACGAGGGCCCUGUCAGAAACAGUGGAAGGAGGUCGAGAGGUCAGUUCAACGCUAGUUCAGAAUCUGGCUGAUUGGGAUUUGUGGAGAUGGCUGGCCGUUUUAGGCUUAGCUUCCGUUCUAUUCAUAAUAUGGGGCCUUUUGCUAUGCGGCGCGCCCUGCGGUUGCGGACUGACUUCCCGAACUAUUCCUCUCCUGCUGGCAGGUGUCAGUCUUUCCUGCUUGACGUGUCUCUUCGUCUGGGGUGUGGGUUCGCUGUCUCUUCUCAUAGCCGGACAUGGACAGUGCAUGAUUUGCGAUCCGGUUUACGACCAUCCCCGUUAUGAAGUUCUUGGAAAGUUGCUGGAUUCGGGGGGAAUUCUGUACGACGAUGGAUUGCUGGAAGAGUUUGCAGCAGGAAAUGAGACCGUUGAAGUUGGAGACGUUUUGAAGAAUUGCCAACGGAAUCAACCAGCUUAUCAUACCUUCCAUUUGUAUAACACUAUUGAUAUCGAAAGGAUCUUCAACUACAAAAAUUGGAGCGAAAUGGACAAUAUAUCUUCAACUUUCAUGAUAGGCGAAUGUACAUUAGAGAUCCUGAGUCCAGCCCUGCAGCUCAGUCUUCAGGGCUUGUUAACUGACACCUCUGUUAACCUUACGAAACACAGACUUCAAGCUUCGUCACCUGUUACGAAGAGAGACCUAAACUCGUUCGCGGAUCAGUUGAACACAGUGGCUCGCCAAUUAUCGGAUGCUCCCAGUGCCAGGAAAUUCGACAGUCUUGCGUUCAACGUGAGAAAAAUUGUACAACAUGAGUUUCACACGCUCAACCAAUUCAGAGAUGGAAUCCAAUAUAAACUGACAACAUUGGAAGUUCUGCUUAAACUCCUCAAUAAAAAGGUUGACCAAUUAUUUGCGAAUUUAAAGAGGAUACAGUAUUUUUUCGAUGAUCAGGGGAAGGCAAUAAGUGAGCGGAUUCACCAAAGGUUCACAUCCCGCAUCAAUACUCAUCUAGAUGAAUUAUAUUCUUAUGUGAAGAAUAAAGUCUUGAAUGAAGUGGGAAAAUGUCGACCUCUUUGGGAAUUAUUCCACUUCGGUCGAUUCAAUUUUUGCAAACUGGUUAUGGAUCCCCUU